AUGCCUUUGUUUGAUCUGGGACGCGGCAAGAAGUCCGAUACGGAUAGCGUACACUCGCAGGAGCGUGGCCGCCCGAUGGUGGCUACAGGCCGCGGCGGCGCGGGCAACAUUCGCUCUGCGCAACAAGCUGCGCAGGAGGAGAACACGCCGCAGAACGCACCGCACAUUAUGCACGUCGGCCGCGGCGGUAUGGGCAACGUGCGCUCGCCGUCGCGCGAUCCGCUGGACCGCAAGCGCAAGGAGGAGGAAGAACAGCAGCUCGAUCAGCUGCAGACCGCCGAGCUCAAGCAGGGCAUGCACUCGACGGGCCGCGGCGGCCGCGGCAACAUCCCGCUCGGAGAGCAGGAGGAGCGCGGACGCCGCCAAUCGCCGGGCAACACACGCGUGGCAGGCGUGCUGCGCUCGCUCUCGCGCUCACGCUCGCGCGACCCGGGCGACUCGAGCCGCCGCGAAGCAUCACGGACGCGUGGAACGCCCUUGAAUCAGGUCAUGGAGGACGAAUAG